GACGCCAGAACCGGAAAUGACGACAGCGGUGAAGCCUUCUGGGCGGGGCCUGGGCCGGGCAGCUCCUGAGGCCGAGAUUUCACAUCGGAAACAAAACAGGCGCUGCUCGCGAAGGAACCUCGGAUGCGGGCGGUCGUAGGAGGCCGCGGCGAGGAGGAAGUAGACCUAAUCCAGGAGUCUGCAAGUGACAGCAGCCUGUGAGGUCCUUGGGAAGCUUCGCCUGGAGGAGACACAUGAAAGAAAGAACCCCAAGAGGCUUUGUUUUCAGUGAAAAGGUAUUUCUGUACAGUUGCUCCAAUGACAGAGUUGCCUGCACCCUUGUCCUACUUCCAGAAUGCACAGAUGUCCGAGGACAACCACCUGAGCAAUAUUGUACGUAGCCAGCAGUUGUCUGGGGUUAGAGAUAAAGGCACGAAGAUCUUUAUGGUGACGGGACCAUCCAGCGUCCAGAAUACAGAGUGGACACAGGGAGGCACAUCGAAUGACAGUAGAGAACGGCAUGAGCACAGCAACGAAAGGCGGAGGCGGGGCAACCCUGAGCCAUUAUCUAAUGGAGGACCUCAGGGUAACACACUGCAGGUGGUGGAACAGGAUGAAGAAGAAGAUGAGGAGCUGACACUGAAAUAUGGCGCCAAACAUGUGAUCAUGCUCUUCGUCCCCGUGACUCUCUGUAUGGUGGUGGUGGUGGCUACCAUCAAAUCAGUCAGCUUUUAUACCCGGAAGGAUGGGCAGUUAAUCUAUACUCCAUUCACAGAAGACACCGAGACUGUGGGCCAGAGAGCCCUGCACUCGAUUCUGAAUGCUGCUAUCAUGAUCAGCGUCAUUGUUGUCAUGACUAUUCUCCUGGUGGCUCUAUAUAAAUACAGGUGCUAUAAGGUCAUCCAUGCCUGGCUUAUUAUUUCAUCUCUAUUGUUGCUGUUCUUUUUCUCAUUCAUUUAUUUGGGGGAAGUGUUUAAAACCUAUAAUGUUGCCGUAGACUACAUUACUAUUGCCCUCCUGAUCUGGAAUUUUGGUGUGGUGGGAAUGAUUGCCAUUCAUUGGAAAGGUCCACUGCGACUCCAGCAGGCGUAUCUCAUCAUGAUCAGUGCCCUCAUGGCCCUGGUAUUUAUCAAGUACCUCCCAGAAUGGACUGCGUGGCUCAUCUUGGCUGUGAUUUCAGUAUAUGAUUUAGUGGCUGUUUUGUGUCCAAAAGGCCCACUUCGUAUGCUGGUUGAAACAGCUCAGGAAAGAAAUGAAACUCUCUUUCCGGCUCUCAUUUACUCCUCAACCAUGGUGUGGUUGGUGAAUAUGGCAAAAGGAGACCCAGAAGCCCAAAGGAAGGUAUCCAAAAACUCCAAUUAUAAUGAACAAAACACAGGGAGUGAGCCACAGAACCCUGUGACAGAGAGCGAUGAUGGUGGCUUCAGUGAAGAGUGGGAAGCCCAGCGGGACAGUCGCCUGGGACCUCAUCACUCUACAACCGAGUCACGAAGUGCUGUACAGGAGAUUUCCAGCAGCAUCCUAGCCAGUGAGGACCCAGAGGAAAGGGGAGUAAAGCUCGGAUUAGGAGAUUUCAUUUUCUACAGUGUUCUGGUCGGAAAAGCUUCCGCCACAGCCAGUGGAGACUGGAACACAACCAUAGCCUGUUUUGUAGCCAUAUUAAUUGGUUUGUGCCUUACAUUAUUACUCCUCGCCAUUUUCAAGAAAGCAUUGCCAGCACUUCCGAUCUCCAUCGCCUUUGGGCUUGUUUUCUACUUUGCCACAGAUUAUCUUGUGCAGCCCUUUAUGGACCAGUUAGCAUUCCAUCAAUUUUAUAUUUAGCAGAUUUGUGAUGAGACUUCCAUGGAUUUUUCUCCUUUGACUAUAAUAAAAUCUGGGAAGAACAACGGUGAUUUUCCUGUGUCUACAUCUAACAAAGUCACAAUUCCCAGCUGGACUUUUUGUAGCUUCCUUCCACGUCUUCCUGACCACCUGCACUAUUGGCCAUUGGAAGGAGGUGUCUACAGAAAAUGGUUUUGAACACACAUCAUUGUGGUGGACAGAGUCCCUUGGAAAAAACUACCAGAUUUUAGGGACAAGGACAAAGAAAAACGAUGGGCCAAAAAGUUGCUGUGCUCCCACCAGCAGCUUCAGAGGUGGAUUCUACCAGCACUGCAGACUCUCAGGGCUGCCAUCAGCACAGUGUUAAAUAGAGUGGUUAAACCAAACAGGACUCAUCAUCGUAAACGUGUGUAAACCUAAUCAGUCUGUAUGGAACUCUAAACCUUUUCAGGAGGUACUGUGAGGAAAGCAGGUACCAGCAGCAAAAUGGGAAGGUGAAAAGGGGUUCAGACUUUCACUCUCAAACUUUUUUUGCUGCAAACUUAUCAUUUUUUAAAUAAGACUUUUUUUUCACCUUGGGUCAAGUCAGAUGUGUAAGUUGAUUUUGACGAUUUUUGUUCUCAAGCACUGAAACUCAUUACCAUCUAUGGUUGCCAUUUCCUCCCAAGGCCAGUAUGAAUUUCUUUGAGGUUGCUUUAUCUCAAAAGUGUUAACCUCAGGUUCCAAGUUCAGUAAUUUCUGGAAAUAAUGGAACUAUAACAACGAUUCUCUAUCAUCCUUAGGUAAUUCUGGUUUUGCCCCCAUAUUCCUAAUUUUUAGACAGACUUGUAGGUUUGCUUGCCCUCGAUGCCUUCUUUGUGCCCUGUCUCUCCCUUCACUCCCCCCAUACACGGUUCUUUCAUAAGACAGCUCUGUUGUGGAAGCAGACGAUCCGUUAUCUAGGAUUUCCUUUGUGUGGUGCACAGAAUGUGUAAUGAAUCAGUGCUAUCAGCCUUGCUGUCAUAAUUUCUCAGUAGCAAAUACAGUGUGUGCCCAAAGACAGUCGCAUUAAAGAAGAGGAAAUGGGUGGUGAAGCA